AUGUUGGCAAAUGUUCCACCAGGGGGUUUGCAGAAGAAAAUUCAGAAUAAGUUAAUGGAAUGUAAAGAUAGAAGGAUGAAGGCAACGUUGGAAAUCUUGAGGAACAUGAGGAUUCUCAAGCUUCAGGGGUGGGAAAUGAAGUUCUUGUCUAAAAUUAUCGAGCUCAGGAAUAUCGAGACGGGAUGGCUGAGAAGAUUUAUGUACACUUCUGUCAUGACCAGUUUUGUCUCUUCGGGUGCUCCUAUAUUUGUUCCUGUGAUCACCUUUGGUGCUUGCAUGCUUAUGGGAAUCCCACUUGAAUCAGGAAAGAUAUUGUCAGCCCUUGCAACAUUUCGAAUACUUCAAGAGCCCAUUUAUCACCUUCCAGACACAAUUUCAAUGAUAGCUCAAACUAAAGUUUCACUUGAUCGAAUUGCCUCGUUCCUUCGUCUUGAUGACCUGCAGCCUGAUGUUACAGAGAAGCUUCCAAGAGAUAAUUCUGAAACAACUAUUGAGAUAGUUGAUGGGAAUUUCUCUUGGCACAAAUCCUCCACUAGUCCAACUCUGAAAGAUAUAAAUAUGAGAGUGUCUCAUGGUAUGAGGGUUGCUGUUUGUGGUACCGUUGCCUCUGGAAAGUCAAGCUUUCUCUCCUGUAUUUUGGGAGAGAUGCUCAAGAUAUCAGGGAAUGUUAAGCUUGGUGGAACAAUGGCCUAUGUUGCUCAAUCACCCUGGAUACAGAGUGGAACAAUAGAAGAAAAUGUACUGUUUGGUAAGGAGAUGGACAGACAGAGGUAUGAAAGGAUUCUGGAAGCAUGUACUUUAAAAACUGAUCUGGAAAAUCUAUCAUGUGGUGAUCAGACGAUUAUAGGUGAGAGGGGAAUCAAUCUGAGUGGCGGACAAAAGCAGAGAAUUCAGAUUGCACGAGCUCUGUAUCAAAAUGCUGAUAUAUAUCUACUUGAUGAUCCAUUUAGUGCUGUGGAUGCUCAUACAGGCACCCAUCUCUUCAAGAAAUGCUUAUUGGGACUUCUGCGUUCGAAAACAGUGAUUUACGUUACUCAUCAAGUAGAGUUCUUAACUGCAGCAGAUCUGAUCCUGGUCAUGAAAGAGGGAAGUAUAUCACAAGCUGGAAAGUACAAUGACAUACUCAAUUCAGGAAGUGGCUUUAUGGACCUUGUAGGUGCACAUCAAGAAGCUCUAUCGGCACUUGAUUCCAUAGAGGUUGGGACAAUCUCCAAAAAAAUAGACAUCGUAGAGGAAGACAAUAGUAUGCAGUGUGUUAGAAAGGUAGUCCAGAAAACGAGCCCCAAAGAUGCUCCAAAUGGUAAACCAGACGAUAUUUUGGGGCCAAAAAGACAAAUUGUUCAAGAAGAAGAGAGAGAGAAAGGUGGAGUUGGUUUCUCAGUCUACUGGAAAUAUAUCACAAUGGCGUAUGGAGGAGCCCUUGUGCCCCUUAUACUGUUGGCACAAGUUUUGUUUCAGCUACUUCAAAUUGGAAGCAAUUAUUGGAUGGCUUGGGCUACUCCAGUGUCGAAGAGUGUGGGUCCUCCUGUUGAUGGAUAUACUCUCAUAAUUGUUUUCAUGGCUUUGGCAAUUGGUAGUUCUUUUUGCAUCCUCAUCAGAGCCUUGCUUCUUCUCACAGCUGGGUACAAGACAGCCACACUGCUUUUCAAUAAAAUGCAUUCACGUAUUUUUCACGCCCCCAUGUCUUUUUUCGAUGCCACCCCAAGUGGCCGAAUCCUAAACAGAGCAUCUACAGACCAAAGUCUUGUGGAUUUGAAAAUCCCAAAUCAAAUUGGGACAUUUGCCUUUUCAAUAAUACAGCUCUUGGGAAUUAUUGCAGUAAUGUCACUUGUUGCAUGGGAGGUUUUCAUCGUCUUUAUACCUGUGAUUGCAGUUUGUAUCUGCUUACAGAAAUAUUACAUACCUUCAGCACAAGAACUAGCACGUUUGACUGGAGUGUGCAGAGCUCCAAUUAUACAGCAUGUUGCUGAAACAAUCUCAGGAUCAACUACUAUCAGGAGCUUUGAUCAGGUAACAAGAUUCCGGAAGACAUGUAUGAGACUGAUAGAUAAAUAUUCUCAUCCACAGUUUUACAAUGCUGCUGCAAUGGAGUGGCUAUGUUUCCGCUUGGAUAUGUUGUCUGCUAUUACAUUUGCUUUUUCAUUGGUUUUCUUGAUAUCGAUUCCAGAUGGAACAAUUGAUCCAACUGUCGCGGGAUUGGCAGUGACAUAUGGGCUUAAUCUGAACAUAAUAGAAGCCUGGGUUAUAUGGUACCUUUGCAAUAUACAAAAUAAAAUCAUAUCAGUUGAAAGAAUACUUCAGUACAUUUCCAUCCCCAGUGAGCCUCCUCUUGUUAUAGAAUCAAACAGGCCAGACCUUCAUUGGCCAUCCCAUGGAGAAAUUGCAAUUCAUGAUCUUCAGGUUCGUUAUGCCCCGAACUUGCCACUUGUGUUACGAGGCCUUACAUGCACUUUCCCUGGAGGAAAGAAGACUGGCAUUGUAGGGAGGACUGGCAGUGGAAAAUCUACUCUUAUACAGACACUCUUCCGCAUUGUUGAGCCAACUUCUGGACAAAUUUUGAUAGAUCACAUCGACAUCUCCACCAUUGGACUCCAUGAUUUACGAUCAAGGCUGAGCAUAAUUCCACAGGAUCCAACCAUGUUUGAGGGGACUAUUCGAAGCAACCUGGAUCCUCUUGAAGAGUAUAGGGAUGAAGAGAUUUGGGAGGCUCUUGAUAAGUGCCAGUUUGGAGAUGAGGUUAGGAAGAAGACCGGCAAGCUUGAUUCACCAGUUACUGAGAAUGGAGAAAAUUGGAGUAUGGGUCAAAGGCAGCUGGUCUGUCUUGGCCGUGUGCUGCUCAAGAAAAGCAAGGUCUUGGUGCUUGAUGAGGCCACAGCAUCAGUUGAUACAGCAACAGAUAAUUUGAUUCAGCAGACCCUUAGGCAGAAUUUCUCUGAUUCCACAAUCAUCACAAUUGCCCAUAGAAUAACAUCUGUGCUUUACAGUGACAUGGUCCUACUCUUAAAUCACGGACUAAUUGAGGAAUAUGAUCAUCCAACCAAGUUGCUGGAAAACGAGUUCUCAUCAUUUUCAAUGCUUGUACGAGAGUACAGCAUGAGAUCCAAUUCUAGUUUGGGCACUUCAUAAACAUUUGAAUGUCAGACCUUCAUUGGGCACCCAACUAACAUAUGCUUAUAUGCAAAGUUAUCUACAAGUUUCGGCAGCCCCUGGCAGAACCUGAUCAAUGUAUACUAUUGACAACAUAACCACCACAUGUACAAAGCCCUUUUUCUUUUGGUUCUACAUAAUAUUUUUCACUCACUCUUGCAUUUUGAUCUCUUUUUUCAGAGGAAUGUAUUCUUCUCCUCUUGAUCUUGUGUCUAUUGGUAUCAAGAAAGAAAUUU